GGUCCAAGAGAUAGAGAGAGAGAGAGAGACAGAGAGAAAAAAGAAGGAAAAAAGAGAAGAAGGGGGUUUAGGGAACCUGCAAUUACCCGGACAUUAUUGCCCUUUUACUGGCUCGCCUAGUUUUGUGGUCGGAAAACCAUGAAACAUAUAUAAGAAGGGGUUUAAGGCCACUGUUUCUUCUGCAUGGUUUUUGUAUAUACAAAAUCAUUAACAUUUUACAAUCCAAUUGGGUUUUUCCUUUUUCCUUUUUGUAGAGAGAUUUAGAGAGAGAAACCACCAAUUCUUGCUUCGUAUUCUCGCAGAUCUCUUACACAUUUCCCAGAUUUUCUGUUUUUUCUUUCCCUGAAAAUUUGUAGAUAUAUUGGUUUUAGAUUUAACCCAGAAGAAGAUCUUUGUCCAAGAGUGAACUGAAUGCGGGGUUGAUGCUUCUUUGUGUUUGAUGAGUUCAAAUUGCCAUGUAUGCUUGAGAUAUGGUGUUGAAGAAGAGGCUCGAUUUUGGAUUUAAUGGCUUCCAGGUCCCUACUAUACCUAGAGCUCCCAGAUCAGCUAGGAGGGGCCCACAUAGGAAGUCGGUUGAGGAUGGCCAAUUCUGUGCAUUUGAAUUAUUGGCCUCUUUAGCUGGAAAGUUAUUGCAGGAGAGUGAAAGUUCUGCCUCCAGUAAUGCUUCUGAAGGAAAUUUGCAGCCUGCCUUUGGCAUAGACGUUAAGCAGGAAAGACAAGAUGAACAUAAACCUCUGAAAGAAGAGUGCCCUGAUCAGGGAAGCUCCGAAGAAAGCGUUUCUUUAGGGCUGACAUCGCAAAAUGUCGGUCAGAAGGGCAUUCUAAAAGAAAUUCUGUGUGCCAACAGUGAUACUGUUUUGGAACGCACUUCAGUUAUUACAAGUUCAGACAGCUCUGCAAAAGCUGGGCGCCGGGCAAAGUCUGUAAUUUCCAGUAGCAGGCCCACAUUUCAAAAUUAUUCUGGUAAGGUAGAGGGGGGAUCCUCGGGUAUUGUGGAGUCCUGUUAUGGUACUGUAGCAAAUGGAAUUGAAGUACGGGAAGAUAGUAAGCUGUUAGAAACUGGAGCUUUGAAGAUAGCUAACCCAUGCAGUUCCAAGGAUCCAACUGAACUGCAUGCAAAAUAUCCUGCAAUGCUCAAUGGAGACAGCAAUGUCAAAUUGUCAUUGUUCAGGGAUCCUGUUCCUAAUGCUUCUUUUUCCAGGCAUAGGAAUGAUAUUGAAUUAGGUAGCAGAGAUGAUGACGAAAACUUUACUAGGUGCAUUAAACCUAGCAACAGGGUGAAGGUCUUUAGGCCUCCACCACGUGUUGGAGACCGAAGAAUAAGGAAGUUACUGACAUCCAAGUACUGGAAAGCGGCUCCAAAGUUGAGGGAAUGUGAGCACUAUAGAUAUGAUGGGGGAGUAAAAACUAUUUAUCACAAAAGGAAAACCUUUUACAACCGUGAAAGAUCUCAACGUGACACUCUUUAUAAGAGGAGGAAACUGGUUGACCGGAGUUCGGUAGUGACUUCUGAUGGAGGGUUUAGUGGUGAAAGUGUUUCUAACUCACCUGAUAACGGAGAUAAAACUGGUCCAGCUGCAAACGGAGUGUCAGCUUCAGUUAUUGGUCAUCAAACAUCUUUCCGCUCUGAGGAAUCUCAUGUGAAAUUGAGAAUCAAAUCCUUUAGGGUUCCAGAGCUUGUCAUUGAGGUCCCAGAAACUGAAACAGUCGGUUCAUUGAAGAGGACAGUCAUGGAUGCAGUGAAUGCCAUACUUAGGGAUGGUUUAAGUGUUGGAGUACUUGUUCAAGGGAAAAACAUAAGAGAUGACAACAGAACUCUAAUGCAGAUGGGAAUUUCUUCCAAAGACAGUUUGGAUUCUCUGGGUUUUAUGUUGGAGCCUAGUCCCGUGCAAGCUUCUGCAUUUUUGUGUUCUGGCGAUCCUCCAUUUUCAUGCGAGAUGGUGGCCAGGUCCCCAGGCACACCCGUCUUGGACUCUCCAACGUCUGAUGUGUUGUCUGACAUUCCUCCUAUAACCAAUUCAGGGAGUCUUGCUGAAACUAAGCAUGAACCAGUUUCCUCUCAUAUUGACAUAUUGACCAACAAAACAAUGCUGGAAUCCCAGGCGCUAGUUGCGAUUCCAGAAAUGAGCAUGGAGCCACUAGCCAUAGUUCCUGUGAGCCAAAAAACUAAGCGAUCUGAGCUUGCACAGCGUCGAACCAGGAGACCAUUCUCUGUCUCAGAAGUCGAAGCAUUGGUGACAGCAGUUGAGGAACUUGGAACCGGAAGGUGGCGCGAUGUUAAAUUGCGUGCAUUUGAGAAUGCAGAUCAUCGAACUUAUGUGGACCUGAAGGAUAAAUGGAAAACCUUAGUCCACACCGCAAAAAUCUCUCCUCAACAAAGAAGGGGAGAGCCCGUUCCUCAGGAGCUUCUGGACCGAGUGUUGGCUGCCCAUUCUUACUGGUGCCAACACCAAGCAAAGCAACACAGCAAGCACCCGGCCUUGCCAGCAUUCUGAAGAUCACAGAUGCACCCGACCGAUAGGCAUGGAGCUGAAAGGUAUCCGAUUGUAUGAUGUAGAAAAAAAACAGGAAACGUUGACAGAAACAGGGAAAUAAGAAGACAAAUGUACAAAUGACCCAAAAUUUGUGUAAAAUCCUCACCCCCACAGUUUAAAUUCAAUUGCCGGCGUCUCUGUCUGAGGGAGGCCGGCAAAUGUAAAUGGUUCGUCGGAAUAAAGAUUAUUCUAACAGAAUCUCACAGUUGUUUGAAUCCAAUUUGUUUUUAUUUCACCAACUUGUAAUGCAGAGAAAUGUGAAUGUUCAUAAACAGGAAUAAACUUAUUUUAAUUAUCUUCAA